UCGGCCUGGUUGCUGAAUGAUGGAGGAUUCCUUCGACCCAGAAGCGGAGCAGGAGGCCGAGCGGAUGUGCCUCGAGGCGGUGAUGAUGGACGAGUAUGAAGAACUCAGCGCCGAGCAGCUCAGCGCCCAUCGCACCCGUCGGCGGCUUUCUCUGACCAUCCUGCCGUACCCGUCCGCCCACGAGGCCAACCACGUUCAGGCGGUGCUCGAGGCGACGCUCGAGCCCACCUACCCUGUCCUCCUGCCGCUCGUGAGCCUGCGCAACGCUCCCACGGCGUCGCACAAGUUGAGCGAGGCGGUGCUGCAGGAGAUGGGGACGCGGCUCGCAGAGGUGUCGAGUGAGCAUGCCGGGUCCGUCCACCUGAUGGCACUCGUCGAGGCGGCGCGCGAGUUCCUAAUCGCGCGCAACGAGCCCGAGCCGCAGCCAGUGUCGGCGCAUGAGCAGAUGAUCCGGCGUCAGAGGCAGGCGUCGCCGCCGAUGGAGGACGAGGCGGCCAGCUCGGUGGGCGCCUCGCCGCUGCUGCCUCCCGCCGGCCGCUCCGCCUCGAUCGACGUGGUCGACGGCUUCAAGCUGGACGAGCUCGAGGAGGAGCUGCAAAUCAACCUGCAGGCGCAGCGCCGCCGCAAAAAGAAGGCGAAGCGGCGAGGCCGCCGCAGCAUCGAGCCGGCGACGCCGGGCGGCGAGGAGGAGCAGCGGCGCGAGUCGAGCGAGGAGGAGCCCGCGCACGCGACCCCCCCUCCGACGCGGGGCAGCGCCGAGCCAAAGCUGGCGGCGCGCCGGCCUCCGGCCGCACCCGCCGCCGCCGAGCGGUCACUUGGCAUCGCCGACAUGGGACGGAAGAUGUGGGGCUCGGUCAAGGACCUCCUCUCGGGCUCGGGCGGCGGGCGGGGCGGGAGGGGCGCGGGGGAUCAAUCGGCCGGAGCGCGCGGCGACGGCUCCCCGUCGCGCCUCGGCGUGGCCCGGCGGGGGGCUGCGGGCGUCGAGGAGGGCAGCAGCGAGGAGGGCAGCAGCGAGGAGGAGGGGGAGGAGCCGCCGCUCGUCCGCUCAAAGUCGUCGCGUUUCACCACCGACUUCGAGGUGCUCGAGCGGCUCGGUAAGGGCGGCUUCGGGCAGGUGUGGCGAGUGAGGAACCGGCUGGACGGGCUCGACUACGCAGUCAAGUCCGUGCGGAUCCGGCCGGGGCAGGACGUGUCCAAGCUGCUGCGCGAGGUCAACACCCUCUCGCGCAUGCACUCGACGCACAUCGUCAGGUACUACAACGCGUGGAUAGAGCAGUCGGGGUCGAUGGGGCCGCCGCGGCGAGGCGGCAGGGUCUCAAGCGGCGCGGGGGCGGCGGCGAGGGGCGGCAGCGCCUCGUCCAUGUCGGAGAUGCUGCGCACGCCUUCGUACGACAUUUUCCUGCGCUCGGCGGGCGACG